UACAUUGGAGCUACUUUUUCUGCAGUUUCCUCCUUCUUUUUCCAGCAGCUUUUCUUGAAAAAAACUUCAAAGAACAUAGAGAGCUGAGUGGAUUUUCAAUCACGUGUUUUCUUUACACGGCGGUCGGCUGGGACAAUGAAGUGAUUGAUGCGUCAAUUUUGGAAGAUAAUCUUUUGCAACUCGAAGGGACGCGCAGCCCUUCAAAUUCCUCUGCCAAGGAUCACAUAAUGCUAUUCCCCGAAUUUACGUUCACGACGGAAAGGGUGACAAAAAAUCGAACGUUGGCCUCGAUUUUGUCGCAAAGAGUGCCUAGUGUUGGUGACGGAUUUGUUCCAUGCACAGUUGGCAGCCAAGAUCCGGACGAUUUGGUUGUCCAAAGAUUGUCCUGCCUGGCGAGGGAACGUUUUAAUUAUUUCGUGGUUGGAGUUCUAGAAAAAGUUUUGUGCCAAGCGAGUGAGGAGUGUGAGGAUGAUGGACUGAAGAUUUAUAGCACAACGGUCGUCUUUGAUAAGAAUGGUUAUCUCAUCGCAAAAUACCGAAAAUUCCAUUUAAUUGAUGAGCCUGCCCUCGACAAAGCUCCUGAACUAGAGCCGACCACGUUUAAAACCGAUAGUGGCGUCACCUUUGGCCUCGUCACAGGCUAUGAUCUUCUGUUUGCUGAACCAACCGACACAUUCAAAAAGAAUGGUGUCAUCCACUAUCUCAGUAUGGGAGCUUGGAAAAGCGUGAUGCCUUUUGAUUAUGGACUCUCUGUUUGGAAAGGAUUUUCCGUGGCAAAUGUGGGAAUAUUUUUGGCGACCGCAAAUUAUCAACGGCCUGAGCUAGGCUACACUGGCCAGGGAUUCUGUUUACCUUCAGGAAAGAGUUCUUUCGCUUACAGUUUUGAGUCUGGAAGUUUUUCCUCUUUUGAAUUGGUAGUCGACGAAGAGAGCAAAAUAAUAAAUAUAGUCCAAGAAAAAGAAAAUCGAAGCAUUCAAAUGGAAGGCAUGGACUUCAGCCGCUUUACAGCUGUACCAGUUCCCACUGACUUUCGCAAUAACAAUUCUGUCCAAGUCUGCCACGGCGCCGAUUUCUGUUGCACUCUGACGUACAGAAUUAUCGAAAUUCCUUUCAACAAUUUUCUCGCAUAUAAGUUGGUAGCCUACGAAGGAAACCGCACAGCUUCAGACGGAACGGUGCUUUUCCCAGAGCAAAUUUGCGGUUUGGUCGCUUGUUCCACCGCAGACAAAAUGUCGUGCAAUGCGUCCAAGGAGGAAACUGAUUACACGUACUCGACCAGAUUUGACGUUCUGUCCUUAACUGGCAGCUUUUCUUCAAGAAAGGUUGUGCCGCUAGCAAUGAGCGGAGACGAAUUUUACUUUCCAAUCACCAGUCACAUGAUUCUAACUAGCAGUCAAAUUGGAAACCGGUUUCAGUUCAAAUAUGAACAUGAUGGAGUUAGCACUCAACAAGUGAAAUUUUUGGCACUCUCCUCAACCGAUUAUAAAAUUGUCAAGAAUGGGACUUUCAGGAAUAUACCUUCUAUGGUUGUUUUCGUGUUUUCAAUCGUUAUUACUGUAUUUUUAAAUUAUCGCCUAAAAAAUUAAAACGGUAAAGCAACAUUAUGUCAAUUUCAUUUGAAAAAAAUAUAAAUUUUAUGAAUACCUAAAAUUCAGAAUUCAAAUUUGUUUAAUUUGUAGCUUCCAGAAUAAAUAAUUAUUAUUAUCACG